CGCGUGCUCGUCGCUGUGCGGUCAUGUAUUGUACUUCCCAACCAACUUCAGCACAGUGAGUAAACUAAUUCAGAUUUUGAGAGGAAAUCACGGACAUCGAUUUCUUUUAAAGUGGUGAAGCCAAUUCUGGAAGUAUGGACGAUUUAGACGCUUUGUUGGCGGACCUGGAAUCCACGACGUCCCACAUCUCCAAGCAUCCUGUGUUCCUGUCUGAGGAGACCCCCUACUCCUUCCCCACUGGAGGGAACUCCUACCAGGAUGUGUCAGUCCCUCCCCCGGUGCCACCCCCUCCCUCGGCUGAGGCUCUGAAUGGCUCUGUGAUAGACUCCCUGGACUCCCACCACUCCUCCCAACAGUCCUUGGGUUCAGCUCCGAAGAGCUUAUGGUCCAGGGACAGUAGCAGCCCGCCCCUGUCCCACAUUGAAGAGGACCACGUGUACAGUUUCCCCAACAAACAGAAGUCUGCUGACCAGUCUGCGGCUGCUAUGAGCUCAGCUCUGGGCAGUAACCUGUCAGAGCUGGACAGGCUGCUCCUGGAGCUCAAUGCUGUCCAGCAGAACUCUCCCUCCUUCCCCACCACAGAGGAAACAGCCCCACCCCUGCCGUCCUGCAGCAUAACCCACUAUGUGCAGGAGAACGGGGCUCCCCCUGACCUCAUGGUGAGCCCUCCGUCUCAGGAGAAGACCAAACGGAACGGGAGGCAGGCGGUGGAGGAGGGCCGGCCCACUGUGGAGAGUCUGCUGGAUGAGCUGGAGGGCUCUGUACCCACUCCCAGCCCCUCUGUCCUUCACAAUGAGUUGGACUCUUCCUCUCAGCAGCAGGCCAGAAUGUCAGCUUCCUGUGCCACACGCGAACUUGAUGAGCUCAUGGCCUCCCUUUCCGACUUCAAGCCUGUCCUCGGCUCCUUGGGGUCUAUGAACUCUGACCUUCAGCUUGAUCAGGCAGGAACCUCCCCCAGCAUCAUUCUGGAGGUCCAUCCUCCUCCACGUACCUGCUCCUCCCUUGCUGCAGCUGCCCCCACCUCCCUCUCACCCUCUCAACCUGCCUGUGACUCUCCUCUUUUCUCUCUACCUGCAUGGGAGCUGCACAUAGAGGAGGAAAGUGGGGACUCAGGGGGGGCAGUGUCCCCUCCACAUCCCUCAUUAUCAAGCCCUCCCCCAGCUACUGUAACAUCCCAGAGCCCUCUGUCAUUUGCAGAGAGUGACCCAGAACCAAAAGUUGUCAUCGACGUCUCUGCGACCAUCCUGUCGUCUCAUCAGAAGUCUCUGGUAGCCCUCAACCACUCCAACCCUUCACUUAGCACAUACCCAAGUCCUCCUAAUGCUGCUAAAUCAUCACUGAACUCAGCCAGUGUCACCCUGGACAAUAUCCCCUUAAAAUCCCAUAGUUCAUUUCUAGAACUUGGUACUACUCCCCCUACUGUUACCAAGAGCACCAGUCCCCUGACUGACAUGGAUCUAUGUUUCUCUACUCCAACCACUACUGAGAGUCUUAGUCCUGUUCCUGUCUCUACCUCCAAGACUCCUUCACCUCUCCAUGCUUCUGUCACCAAGACUCCUUCACCUUUCCAUGUUUCUGUCACCAGGAGUCCUCCUCUCACUGCUUCUAAAGCCCCCUCACCAUCUCUGGUCACUUCUCCCAAGUCUCCCUCUCCCCCAGCUCUCACCAGCCCCACGAUCUCCAGGAGAGUUCUGGAGCCAGUCCCUGCAGCUGAGCCCUCUCUGGAUGAAGCCCUGGAUAAGCUGCUGGCCAUGAGUUUCACCAAGAUGGAGAACGAUAGAGUCCCUACUGACACACUGCAGCUGAAGGGGGAGGCACCUCAGCUGAAGAGGGAAGUGGUGCAGGAGGUACAUGAGGAGGUCAUCAUGCCCUUAGACAGAAGGGAGGUUCAGCCAGACACUACCGGGUGUACCCGGGAUGGGGCAAGUACCCGUGAGGAGACAAUUACCCGGGAUGGGGCAAGUACCCGUGAGGGGACAAUUACCCGGGAUGGGUCAGUAAUGAGUGGACACAUAGAUGGGUACAGGGAGCUCAUGGACUGGGCUGAUGUGGAGCUGAACAUGUGUCUCCAAGAUGGACUGGAUGGUAGUAUGACUCCUUAUACAGAGAGACCUUAUACAGAUGGGAGCAUGACCCCGAUGACUGAGGCCAGCUGGAUGGAUGAGUCCCUGGAUGGCUCCUCCUGCCCUGGAACUCCUGAUGCUGCCAUGGACCUACCUCUGCUGCAGCCUGCCACCAUGGACAGGGUCUCUGCAUCUGGACAUCUUAAGUCUGUGAUAAGGCGCACCAAGGAGACCCCCAAUGUGCACCCCAUGUACCGAGAGGGUCACCCCCGGAGGGGGCGGAUGGGCCCUAUCAUCGUCAACAAGAGCAGCUCACAGGACCGCCUCAUAGAGGAGCUGCAGGGGAAGCUGGGGAUUGGCCGAUUGGCUGACCGCCGGCGCAAGCAGCCGGACGAUUGGCUCACUGAGGGCGUCAUCGUCAUGUCCAAGCCACAGCGUUUCCGUGGCGAUGGGGCUGCGAAUGAGGUGGACAAGAUCAUGGCCCAGGGGAAAGGUAGCCCUGGAGGCCCCCCAACACAGGUCAACAAGCUGGACAACAUGCUCGGCAGUCUGCAGUCUGACCUCCAUAAACUGGGUGUGCAGACUGUGGCCAAGGGAGUGUGCGGGGCAUGUUGUAAACCCAUCGUGGGACAGGUGGUUACUGCCAUGGGGCGCACAUGGCACCCAGAGCACUUUGUGUGUAGCCACUGUCAGGAGGAGAUAGGUUCCAGAAACUUCUUUGAGCGUGAUGGAGCGCCCUACUGUGAGAUGGACUACCACAACCUGUUCUCCCCACGCUGCCACUACUGUAACGGCCCUAUACUGGAUAAAGUUGUGACUGCGUUGGACAAGACAUGGCAUCCUGAACACUUCUUCUGUGCUCAGUGUGGAUCAUUCUUUGGCCCAGAAGGCUUCCAUGAGAAGGAUGGGAAGGCGUACUGUAGGAAGGACUACUUUGACAUGUUUGCACCGAAAUGUGGCGGCUGUGCCCGAGCCAUUCUGGAGAACUACAUCUCUGCGCUAAACUCCCUUUGGCAUCCAGAGUGCUUUGUCUGCAGGGAGUGCUUCACCCCAUUUGUGAAUGGGAGUUUCUUUGAGCAUGAUGGGCAGCCCUACUGUGAGGUGCACUACCACGAGCAGCGAGGCUCCCUCUGCUCGGGUUGUCAGAAGCCCAUCACCGGCCGCUGCAUCACAGCCAUGGGCAGGAAGUUCCACCCGGAGCACUUUGUUUGUGCCUUCUGCCUCAAGCAGCUCAACAAGGGCACCUUCAAGGAUCAGAACGACAAGCCCUACUGCCAGGGCUGCUUUGUGAAGCUCUUCAGUUAGGGAGUGUGUGUGGCUCACAAGCUUGUAUCAGAAAGUGUCUGUGUAGCUCUGGUAGUGUGUGCAAAUCAGAUUGUGUGUGUUUGAAUUGUUUUAGAGGGAUGUCUUUAUACUGAUGGUGUGAAUGGUGUGUGUGUUUCAGGUAGUAUGUGUGUGAGAUUCCAGCAUUCUCUUGUUGGCCCUUGAAGUGUAAUGGACAAUUGGAUCAGGUCUCUGCCUGUACGCUUUCCGUGAUGCUCAGAAUAGUGUGAUUUCAAACCCAAAUAGUUUUGCUUUGCUUUUGUAGUCCGGGUAAAUGCUUACUGAACACUGUAAGAACACAUGGGAUGCGUAUAUGGAAGUGUUUUGAGGUUGCUGCUCACUGGUUGAGUGUCUCUUGAAAACCAUUUGAAAUGUGACAUGUUACUAGAUCAGGGAGAUGUUGACCUGUCUUUUUUUUAUCAGCUGAGGCCUUUUUUCAACUGCUAAAGCAAAGGCCUCGGUGAGAGUUCUUUAAUUUGCUGCCUGAGUAACAGAGAACAGAUGCAUAUAAUGAUGUCAUUGUAGCUUUGACUGGAAAUAGGCUAUGGGUCAGUCAUUAUUUUAGUACUUGUGAAGCACAUGGUCGUGUCAUCAGACCCUUGUGGACUCAUUUUCACACACACGGCCUUGUGACACACAAUCAUUAACACCUCCACACAAGCAUUUGGUGUUUGACAAACAUAUGAAUGCUGACAUGUUACAAUUUAGAUUUAAUGUAUAUUGGAAUGUUUGUAUAAAAUGUAUGUGAAAAAGAUUAAUUUACCACAAAUAAUAUUUGACUCCCUCUGUUUGGGAAAUUGGAGUCACAUAUAACGCCAAAUGGGGAGAUGGAUAAUGUUACUUUGUCACCUUCUCCACUGCCCACUCAGUCCUUUAGAGCUUAACCGUUAGUUGGACUGGUUUGGACUUUCCUUUAUGUUCAGAAAGAUCUGAUGCAGCAUAAAAGAGUAUGCCACUAUAAACAAUUGAAUUGAUUCUGCAUACAGGAAACAGUUGCAUUUUACUGUGAGAAUACUGUAUACAAAGCGCUGGUCAGUUAAGUUUGAAUAACCACUCAUUAAGAGAAAUCCUCUUAGAAAUUUCAAAGCAGAGAUGCUUUUCUAUUUUUCAAGAUCUGUGAAGUUACUGUGCAUUGAGUUUGACUUUUUGUAAAAUAAAUAGAAUACUGCACAAGGCCCCUUAUGUAUGUACACACAGAUUCUAUGCGAACAAUACUGUGUGCAGCUGCAAACCUUUAACUCAACAACCCUCUUGACUCUAUCCAAGUGAUGCUUUCAAGGAAUAUGCCUAUCUAUUUUCUGUACCAAUAUAUCAAUGCAAUGUCUUUUACACUGGGGAGACCAGCAAGGAAUCCUACUGUUUAUAGACUGGGAGUCCUGGACUAUCUCUUCAGAUUUCUGUCAGUGUGAGUCCACUGGAUAAUGUGUGUUGAUAUUGGUCUGAGAGUGUGCACUGUGCAGGAUCUACUGUACACCAGUUGUGUUUGCGGACUUGUAUUCUUAUCCAUCACAAAAUUGUAUUGGGUCUGUAUCUUGUUCAGGGAUUUACACCCAGAGCUUGUAAAUCUCUGUUCAUUGUUUUAUUUAAAUCAUUCUCUAUUUGUCUACUCAGAAUCAUUGUAGUUGGCAGUUAUUUAACCAAAGUGACUUUUUUAAUUGAAAUUGUGUCCCUUGUCACCUUUUCAUUUGAUAUGUCAUAGUGCUGAAUAAUGAGCCAACUCAUUUCAUGGGUAGAUUUUUGUUGUUGUAUAGCCUAAGUGUAUAGUGUUUGUGAUAAAGUUUUCCUUUGGCGAAACAAAGGCAAUUUCUCCCUGGCCUUGACAUGAGAAACACUCUAUUCACACCACUUUGAUACAGCUAUGACCAGAAGUGACUUUCCGUAGCAGGUUAGGAAAAGGGUUAGGGAAAAUGCUCUCCUAACCUGCUAUGAAAGCCACUUCUGGUUGUUGCUGUAUCGAAAUGGCAUGGAAAGAGUGUCUGGUGGAGUGAAAUUAUACAGGUGGUGGCUCUUUUGAUGGCCCUUGCUAUAAUUAUUCUUUGGGACGUCCCAACUCUGACGUUAACCAUUUUACAUUUCAUCUUCAAUGGGGUAAGGCUUG